UGUCUACUGUCACUUUAAGAAGCACCGAUGCAGCAGUCGCAGUUGCCUCAUUUCAUCUCCGGGCUUCAUGGCUGCAGGAUGGACUCUCAUCAGCACCAGCAGCGUCCGUUCUUCCUGCUGCCACCGGGGACCAUCCAGCCAGGCAGGGACCGAGGCUUCUCCUGCGAUGCACAGCUUCCACCUGCUGACAUGUGCAGCUGUGAGGGCUCCUAGUGUCCUUCUCUAGAGACAGCAGUGGAGAGGUCCGACGUUCUGUUGCACAUCAAUGUCUCUCACUCCGAGUCGAAAGCCCUCCUCAGGUCAGCGCAGGCGCUCAGUGGGAACUAGUGGCAGCAGUGGGCGAUAUUGCCACAGUGACUCAUCCAGUACUCACACCUACCCUGGCCGGGUCCGGGCACCGGAGGGCAGCCCAACAGCCAGGACAUAUCCCAGUACACCCAGGCGUCAGGCAAAGCACACAACCUGCAGUGACAACCAUGGGAUCAGGCCUCCGACCCCGGAGCAGUACCUUACACCCCUGCAGCAGAAGGAGGUGUGUAUACGACAUCUGCGAGCCCGGCUGAGGGAAAACGUGGAAAGAUUGCAACACAGGGACUGUGAAAUAGAUGAAUUGAGAACUCAACUGUACCGGAUGCAGGAAGACUGGAUAGAGGAGGAAUGCCACCGUGUGGAAGCCCAGUUAGCCCUAAAAGAGGCCCGCAAGGAGAUUCAGCACCUCCAGGAGGUGGUCGAGUCAGUGAGGUCCAACCUGGGUGUCCGUGAACAGGACGUCCACGACAACAAACCAUACUCAGGGUUGCAGGGAGCUCGGCCAGGAGGGAGGUCUCGCUCCUGUGGAUGUUCUCCAGCCAGUACUUUAAGCCGCGGCACCAACUACAGCCGACUGAGCAGCGAGGCUCUGCAGCUGGAGCGCAGCUCAAACGCUCCUGAGUCGAGCAGAGCGUCUCGCCCAGCAGGACAAACACACCUGCUGCUGGAGGCAGCCCUCCUGUCAGAACAGCUGCCAGCCCAGGGCCACAUCCGGGCCCCAACUGUUCCACGCUCUUCCACCUAUGAAAGGUUGUGCAGUGGGGGGGCUGUGUUGCCAAUGUCACACUCCUGCCACACUCUCAGUAGCAGCUGCAGGUGCAGUGGACACACCUACCUCCCCCAUCAUCACUUGUUCCUGCACUUACCUCAGGAGGAGGCCCCGGCAACAGCAGCGACUACUGCCGCUGUUCCUGCUGCUGAACCCAGUCCCAUCCCUGUUCCUGCAGCGGAGAAGAAACCAGAGGUCCGCUCCCAGGCCUGCAGCCCCACCAUGACCUGGCUGUGUGAGGACAGCCCUGCUGAAGAGCUGAGCGUCAUUUCUUUAGCUACAGCAGACCCGACCCACUCAGAACCACAAAUAUUUCCAUCAUCAUCUUUACCCCCUCUGUCCCCUGCUGAACAUCUUUACAGUGCAGAGCUGCUGCCACCCGACAAACCCAAGGAGGUUACAACAGUACCAACACAGCCCCAAACCUGCCAGCCCCAGCCUGUAGUUCCACUCCCAGUGAGGCAGGACGCUACAGCACUUGAGGUGGAAGAGGACAAUAAGGAUGAGACUGAGGGAGCAAAUGAAGACGGGUAUCCCCCUCAGCGGUGCCACUGGAGUCGUUACUUCCUUGUAGAUCUUCUGGCCCUGGCAGUGCCGGUGGUCCCGACCAUGGCGUGGCUGUGUCGGGGGACGCCACAGGAAGUUAUGCCCGUGUAUCAUAUUGGAUCCUUGCUGAGAGGCUGCUGUGCUGUUGCCCUCCACUCACUUCGACGCCAGGGUGCAGGCAGGGGGCGCAGGCCUACCAGCAUGAACGGAACAACACCAAUCUGACACCUUUUACCCCCUUUGACAUUAGGAAUACAACUCCAAACCUCUGCAGGCACAACGCUGACUUUGCUUUAUUACAUUUUUGUCACAGCAGGCAUUGGAUAUCUCCUCUUAUAAGAUUUUUAGAUUUUACAUAAUGCCCCUGUGACUCUGUAAUCAUGCUUUGCCUUAGAGAACAAAGGAUUAGUUGAACAUGAAAUACUUUCAUUUCUCAGAUAUACUUACUGCUACAGCCUGCAGUUUAAGUGGUUUUCUCUUUAUUGCAAUUUGCAUGUAACCCACAGUUGGUUUGGGUUCUCUUGCUUGCAUUAAAAAGCCCCUACGUGGAUUUUGAUGAGCCAUCCCAAGAUCUACAGUUUUUAUCACAAAUCAGAUUGUCUGAUGUUGAAGCUCUUUUAUUUUUCAUCGCUGCAUCUUAAAAAUCGCUCAUAGGGAACGGGAGAAUCGUGGUCAUGAAUUUUUUUUUGGCAUCAACAGUCAGAAAAACUGAUCACAGUCAGCACUGACCAGGCUUGUACAGAAACUGUUAAUAAUACAGAGCACAGAGGAUGUGGGCUCCAACAUGUGGAAGGCGUUCAUUUUUGUAUUUCAGUCAUAUGAAUAUACUGAAUGUGUUUUGAAGCUGGAGGGACUUUCUGAGCAGAAGAGAAUGUGCAUCGAAUCUUGUACUCAGGUACAUAACAGACAGAUCUUUUUUUCUUUCUUGCCAUUAAACAAACCAUGGAAAACUGAACGGACUCAGAUUCCUUCAUCGUAUUGGGACCAUUUCACAUCAACGCAACAAUGAAAAUAAAUAGCAGAACUUGAGUUAUGACGGAAUUUCAUUCACGUAAUGGAGAUCAUUUUAAAAAUUAAAAAUGUCAGAGUGGAAAAACAAAUCUGUGCUUGUAGCUGUUGAACAGAACAGCAUUUAUAGCGUUUUGGAACAGGGAUGGGUGUGUAUGUAACCGACUGUCACUGAAAUGCACAGUCUGGUCUAGUAGCUACACUUUUCUACAGAGAUGAUAGGAGAUAAGGAGAAGCUUUUAAUAUUUAACAUACGAUGGAAUAAAUAAGUUGGAUGAGAAGCUUUGUUUACUGAAUUUGUGAAGAGAUAAGGGAUAUAUUUUCUGAUUUUACGUGAAACAAAAGAUGACUGCACAGCUCCAAGUGAAGUUAUUGUGAGCUGAGGUUGUUUUCAUUGCAUUGUGUGGAGUCAAUAAAACUAAUACACAUUGUUUCUUCAUUGUUCUUAACAUGUGGAUGCUCAUGUUUCCAGUGGUGUGCUUGACUGCUAUGUCUCAAUUCUAUGAUGUACAGCAAUGAUUUCAGCCUCACUAUGCAAACACAGCAAUGUUUUAGUAUUCAGGGAUCUUUCCAGUGAAGUUUUACUAUACGUUUAAUCAGUGCUGGAAGAAAGCAGUCUAUUGGGAAAUAAAGUGCAGUUUAUCUACGCUGCUAAAACUGUAACUGCUUGAUGAACCGAUUUCUGCAAGAAACAACAGAACACUUCAAACCUCUUCUAAAAAAUAAAAGAUGCUUGUUUUC